AUCUGAGAGGCUAGAUGACGAAGUGGGCAGGUCUCUUGCAUGAGCAAGUUUGUACAGCUCCUCCUCUCACAUCCUCUCUCCUUUCUCUCAACGUCUUAGCUUAGCACUGUCUUCAAAGUUAGAGAAGGGAGCAGGACCCAAACUUUCCAGGAAUUCACACUGCAAUGGCAACCCCCAACAGCGAUCCGUGCUGCAGCCCCGGUGGCCCCAGGAGCAGCUGCGGGCUUAGAAACCAAGAUGGCAGAGAUUCACAGCUGAGACUUGUCUUAGUGGGUAAGACUGGAGCAGGGAAAAGUGCCACAGGCAACAGCAUCCUCGGAGAGAAAGUGUUUCAUUCCAGCAUUGCGGCAACAUCAGUCACCAAGACCUGUGACAAAGGGAGCAGCAGGUGGCAGGGAAGAGAAAUUGUGGUUGUGGAUACGCCUGGCAUUUUCGACACCGAAGCACAGGAUGCUGACACCUGCAAGGAGAUUGCUCACUGCAUCUUCCUGACCUCCCCAGGGCCUCAUGCUCUGCUCCUGGUGGUCCCACUGGGCCGGUACACGAAGGAAGGGCAAAAGGCCACGGAGAAGAUCCUGCAAAUGUUUGGACUCAGAGCUAGGAGAUACAUGAUUCUCUUAUUCACCCGGAAAGAUGACUUGGAUGGCAUCAAUUUCCAUGAUUACUUAGAGGAAGCACCCAAAGGUAUCCGAGAGUUGGUGGGCAAGUUUGGUGAUCGCUACUGCGUGUUCAACAAUCGGGCGACAGGAGCUGAGCAGGAGGCCCAGAGAAAUCAACUGCUCGCCCUGGUCCAGCGCAUUGUGGACGAGAAUGAAGGAAGAUGCUACACUAAUAAGAUGUACCAAAAGGCUGACAAGGAGAUUCAGAAACAAAUGCAAGAAAUGCAAGAAUUUUACGCAGCAGAGCUAGAGAGAGAGAGAGUGCAGAUAAGAAAGGAGUUUGAAGACAAAAUCAGAAAGCUGGAGGAUAAACUGGAGCAGCAGAGACAAAUGGAACAAAUGGAGAGGGAAUUGGCUGAGAAAGAGGCAUUAUAUGCUGUAAAGGUGCAAAAACACAGAGAUGAGAAUCAGUAUAAGAUAGUUGACUUGAUCAUGAAAGCUCUGCAGAUGGUUUUUCCUAUUUUCUCUCACCUGUUUAUGGAAGAUUAACCUGAAUGAGAAGAUCUCCUUAUUUGCUACACAUUUUCUGCUGGCCCUGCCAAGCCCCUCACCCCAGAACUCAUUCACCAACCUUGAAGCACUCUCGAUUCUGUCUCUCAGACUCUCAGGACGAAGGGGUAUAAUCAGAUUCACUGGUGGUGAUUGGUAGAUGUUUGAUUGACUUACCAGGGGAGGGACGCAUUCUCAAUUUGUGGAACUCCAGAGUAGAAGGUAUUGAUGCUCUUCUAAGAAGAUGACCCCAAAAUUUCUCUAUUUGUCCCAAGUGAAAUCCAGAUUCCUUCUAGAUUGGUGGAUCCUCUCCCUUUGUUGCUUCUACUCACUUAUUUUUGCUUUUAGGACAUGGCAAUCACCUUACCCAUAUGGUUUGUUACAAAGAUUGGUUCUUCAUGUUAGGUAGUCUAAUGAUGGAGAUGCUUAUAGAAUUCUUUCCAGAUGAAUGGAAAUUUAUUUAGUUACAUUUUUACAGAGGGACUCAAGUUGUUUCUUAUCAGCUGCCCACUGAAGAACAAAGAGUUGUCUGGAAAAUAGACCUCUCAGAACUCAACUAAGUGAAAUUCCAGAAAGAGCAGUUGAAAGACAGAGAUUCAACACAGAAGAGAACUGUUUGCUGUAUUCAGAUAUAUCUACAACAACUCUUUGACAGACUUCAAUGCGACAUAUUUGCUGAAGAACCAGUUCUCUCCUUUUCAUGUGAAACUAACUGUUGCCACUUCACCUCCACCACCUCAGACCUUCAUAACUUACUGCACAUACCACCCUCUCCCAGCUGAACUGCUUGCUAGUUGGUAUCAUAAUAAAAGUUUUUCUGUUCUGUCAUAUUUCUAUAAAUUUUCAGUCCACUUCUUCUUGGAAAAUACCUUUGAUAUUUCUUUUUCUUUAUUAUUUUAUUUAAAAUUUAUUUAUUUAUUUAGAGGCAUGAGCAGGGGAGAGGCAGUGAUAGAGAAAACCCCAAGCAGGCUCCACACAUCAGUGCAGAGCUUGACGCAGGGCUCAAACCCACAAACCAUGAGAUCAUGACCUGAGCUGAAACUGAGAGUAGGAUGCUCAACGGACUGAGCCACCCAGGUGCCCUACGUUUGCCACUUCUUCUAAGACUACAGGUGUGAGUUUCACUUUUUGGUAACAGUUCAAGAUGAUUUCAGAGCUAGUCUUGGUCUACCCUCAACACAUCUCUCCUCCUUUUCCUUGGAAAUUCCCAGCCACAUUCUCAACCCCUCUGCCAGUCAAUCACCACCUUCUCGUUGGAUUCAUUCAUUAUGCACUGAUAGAAAUUAUGUGUAACCAAGGCUUUAGAGACCUUUCUGGUUUUCCUGGAGCAAAAAUCCCCUUUAAUAUAUGGAUAACAGUA